GUCCUAUUUAAGGUAAUUUCUCUUUAUUUAAUAUAUUAGACUUUUGUGAGGCACAAAUAUAAGAAUUGAUAUAAAUGGGGUACCUUGAGCAAAACAAAAAAAUGGAUGAGGGUUUUGCUGGAGUCCAAAAUCAUACAACGCCUAGGGAUGGACUCGGGCCCGGGCCGGGUCCGGGUCGGGCCUAGGCCCGGGCAGGCCGGCGGGUCAGAAAUGGUGGACCCGGGACCGGCCCGGGUAACCACCGGGUCCGGUCCGGGUCCGGGCCGGGCCGGGCCAAUUAUAUUUUUUUUUGUUUUCCUCUUCCUAAUUAACCCCCCUCCCACCCCCAACCCCCCAAACCACCCCAAAUGGCCCAAAAUACCCAGCCCAACCCGAAAAUUUAAAAAAAAUUGAAAAGAAAAAACAAAUAGUUUUUGGCCCGAACCGGGCCCGGCCGGGUCGGGCCUUGUUUUGGGUGACCCGAGCCCGGACCGGAAAACCCACAGGCCGGGCCGACCCGGACCGGUCACUGACCGGGCCACCGGGCCGGGCCGGGCCGGAACAGUACCGGUCCCAGGCCGGUUCCGGGUCGGGCCACCCGGCCCGAGUCCAUCCCUACCCACGCCGAAUGAAAAUCAAACAAGUCCAUCCCAAAUCCAAUUCUCGAUUCAGACCUUUCUCCGACAUUGCCCAGGUUUUACUUCUUCUCAUUGCAUACUUUACUCCGUAUUAUAUAGAGAGCUUUGCUUCGUGGGGAUUCAGUCUCCCCUUCAAUGGAGGCUCGGAAUUCCCAGCUCGAGGGGCGAGUCAAACUGAAUGUCGGCGGCAAGCUAUUUGAGACCACCGUCUCUACACUUCAAUCCGGCGGCCCGGAUUCUCUGUUGUCGGCGCUGUCCAACCGCCCUUCACAUGACCCGGUUUUCAUUGACCGUGACCCAGAAAUCUUCUCCUCCCUUCUCUCCCUCCUCAGAACCAACCGCCUACCUUCCACUGCCCGACGGUUCUCCAAUCAGGAGCUCAUCGAAGAAGCCGUCUAUUUCGGCAUCGAGGCGCAACUCAGAUCGGCUCUGGCACCUUGCCGGCUCAGCGGCAUCGACGCUUCGCUAUUUACCACCAUAAGACCUUCCUCUGACGGCAUCAUAUCGGACUUCAACGCUAUUGACUCCGACGGAUCAGUUUGGAUUGCUCACGGCGGUCAGAUAUCGAUCUUCGAUUGGAGCUUGAGUCACUCUGCAACUAUACGGACACAUCUGGAUGAUAUCAGUUCCAUUCGUAGGGUUUGCCCUGAUGUCGCGGCAAUCGGGUCGGUUUUAGAUUCAGGGCUUCAUUUUUACAGCUUGGCGAACGGGCGCCGAAUCGGGUCAACAGAGUGGACUGACCCGUCUGACCCGAGAAUCUACAAUGGGCAGGUCCAUGCCAUUGCCGACUGUGUUGACUCUGUGUUCGCUUCCUUUGAGUGUCAGCACAGAGAGAAUUGCAUUCUCGUGGUGGAUAAAUCCACAAUGAAAGCAACUAUGGAGUUGGGAAGGCAAUCUGGAAAGUCAGCAAAAACGACCGUCAUAGGAAAGAUGACGUACGUGCCGGAGAUCGGUGUCUUAGCCGGGAGUUCCAUAUCUGGGGGUGGGUUCGGGUACUCCGGAUAUGUACGAUUAUGGGACCCGAGAACUGGUGGUGUUGUAUGGGAAACGAACGAACCGGGAUCCGGCCGCAGCAGUAGAUUUGGUGAUGCAUUCGCCGACGUGGGCGUUGAUCCUGAGGAUUUGACACUGUUCAAGCUCUGUUCCAAGUCCGGCGAUUUGGCUGUGGCGGAUCUUCGGAAACUAAGCGAAGAUCCUUGGGUUUAUCUGAAGGAGAAGAACCCCAGUAUGAGAUAUAUAGAAAAUAGUGGCGGCGGUGCGAAUAAUUUCUUGAUUCAUUGUUACAGAAAACAAGUGUUCGUGGGGAGAGGGGGAGAGUUGGAGGUAUGGUCAAGAAUCAAAGAGCCACAUGAUGGAGGAGGAGAAUUCUCUGAAGGAAUGUACAGGAGAAACUUCGUGGAUAAAGUUGGGGAUUCAGAAAGAGGGACGAUCAAGAAGAUUGAGGGUGGUGGAGAUAGGCUCUUCGUUACCAGAGAAGAUGCCGAGGGAAUUGAGGUGUGGCAAAGCUCCCAUUUCUCCGGCGGAAUUUUGGUUUCCUGAAUCUUAAGCUUUCUUUUAAGAGUGAAUUCUGCAUUGGGCGUUUGGUUUGAUUGGAAUGAAAAUUUUAUGUGACAGGAGGAGAUCAAAGUUUUAUUUCUAAUCGAAAUUGUAAUUAUG